GGCCGGAUAUUGGUGUCGGCGGCCGGAAGCGGAAGCAGGGUGAGACGGUCGGGGUCUUCCCGGCUGCAGCCACACCACGAACGCCGGGAUGCUGUCGCUGGACUUUCUGGACGAUGUUCGGCGGAUGAAUAAGCGGCAGCUGUACUACCAGGUUCUGAACUUUGGGAUGAUCGUUUCCUCAGCGCUGAUGAUCUGGAAGGGGUUGAUGGUGGCAACGGGCAGCGAGAGUCCCAUCGUCGUUGUCCUGAGUGGCAGCAUGGAGCCCGCCUUUCACAGAGGAGAUCUCCUGUUCUUGACCAACCGCAUUGAAGAGCCGAUCAGAGUGGGGGAAAUCGUGGUCUUUAGGAUAGAAGGGAGGGAAAUUCCAAUCGUGCAUCGGGUCCUGAAAAUCCAUGAAAAACAAAACGGCGACAUCAAGUUUUUGACCAAAGGCGACAAUAAUGCAGUUGAUGAUCGAGGCUUGUACAAACAAGGACAACAUUGGUUGGAGAAGAAAGAUGUGGUUGGAAGAGCAAGAGGGUUUGUGCCAUACAUUGGAAUAGUAACCAUCCUAAUGAACGAUUACCCUAAAUUCAAGUAUACGGUCCUUUUCCUCCUGGGCUUGUUCGUCCUCGUCCAUCGAGAGUAACCCAUCACCGGCGGAGGCGAAGACCACCCCCUCCGAGUAGGCUGGGAUGUGAAGUGUGUCCAUUUCGCUGCUUCUUAAUCCGGAUUUGGGCGUGGUUUUUUUGUUUUGUUUUGUUUUGUUUUUUUGUUUUCUACGACUGCUGUGUCCUGGGCAGGUUGAUCUCAGUAUUUUGAAAAAGUUUGUCACACUUUAGCAUUUUUGUACCUCGGUGAAUUUUUAUAUUAAAAAAAAGAAAAAAAAUUAA